UGGAGAGGUGAAGAUGUUUGGUUUUUACCCAAGAGCUCUUCGGGCACGAAUGGACGACGCUGUGAGCCUCGCUAAAAUUCGCAUGAUUCAAAGCAAUGCACUUUUUACCAAGAUGGACGAAACCUAUGAAGAAAUGGGAUAUAGUCUGAGAGAUGAGCUAAAUGUCAAGACUCAUAGUCCUACAUACUUGGGAGCAACAGUACACGCAAACAUAUCAAAUUAUACAUGGCAGAAUAUUUAUAUCAAGGACACUUAUGUCAACGACCACUUGAGAACGUUUUUAUUUCAAGAUGAAUUUGGGAACAGAGAAGACCACCCAUUCUUGUAUAGUAAAUACAAGAAAACGGAACCGAGAUAUGGGAAAAUAAAGUAUCCUGAAACACCCGGCUCCCCUGAAGGGUUAGAAUUAUUGCUCGGUAAUUUGGGAUUGCCUGUGAAGGAUUUCGAGCACUUGGAAAAAUUGACUCCAACCACUGUUAACUUACGAAAUAAUUUUCAAGUAUCCUGGUUGCUUCCCAAAGGAGGAGGUUACUAUCGAUAUAAAGGUUCGUCGCCUGUACCCCCAUGCUUCGGUGCGGAAGAAGUAAUCGUAUUCCGAAAACCAAUUCAAGCCAAUCGUGAUCAAAUACAAGCUUUGACCACAAUUCCAACUUUCCAGUUAAAAUCUCGCGAUAUUUUCAAUACAUUUGGAAUUCGUCACCCAAGGCGCAAUACCAACAAUUAUGCCUCCAAAUACGUUCUGUUUGACCCACGAAAUCAUCAAUUUCUAGUUGGUGAUGGAGUGCACAAAAAUACCGUUUUGGAGUAUGCAAUGCGUAAGAACAAAACCAACAAGGCUGGUUCUCUUUAUCAUUCUACAUCAGUACAUUACUCUAGAAGUGGGCUUAUCCAUGCAUGUGUCAAUCUUCUUAUUUUUCUAAUUCAUGAAUAACUAGUUCUGCGUAGCUUUAUGAACCUGU